GAGGAAAGGUUAAAUCUGAGAGACCCUUGGUUGGUGCUACUUGCGGCGAAGAUUAUCGCGAUGGGGAGACCAGCCUCCGCUGUUGUAAUUCCAGACAGACGGCACGAUGGCCAUGUAAAUGGCCGCUAUUCGCCUGAAUCCAACACUUCACGGGACCUCUACCGUCAACGUGGCCGCCGAAAUCGAAGCCCUAGCAGGAGCCGCAGCCCUAGCCCUAGUCGGAGAAGGGGUCGAAGUACCAGGUAUGAUGACUCUCCUGACCGUCGCGGUUAUCGUCGUGGUUCACCUGAUUACUCUGGACGAAGUCCUAGGCCAGAACCAAUAAGAUCAGAUAGAGAAUUAGGUUAUAAUGACCGUAGAAAACGCAGUACGCAGCAGUAUCUGGAUCGUGAUUAUCGCGACGAACCCGCCAACGAGGAGGAAUCGGAUGAGGAAUUGAAAGGUUUGAGCUUUGAAGAAUUCCGGAGAAUGAAGCGCCAAAAAUUGAGGAAGAAUUUCUUGACAAAGAGUUUUAUAUGGAAUUGCACGCCUAGCCCUCCCAGAGGGGAUAACGAUUUGUAUGAAGAACAGGAGGAAAUCACUGAGAAGCAUGAGGAGAAAGAGAAAGGAACUAAGAAGGAGAAGAACUCAUCAGCCAAUGAAUCUUCUGAAUCAGAGGAUUCUGAGUCACAAGUUUCUCAAUCUGAAUCAGAUGAUUCCCGUUCAAGGAAGAGGAGAACCUCGAGCAGAAAGAGUAGAAGGCGGAAAUCAGAGUCAGAAGACACUGAUAGUGAUUCAGACAAGUCAAGUGAUGACACUGAAGAAGAUAGAAGGAGGAGGAGGAAGAAGAGGAAGAUGAGCAGAAGAAGUGGGAAACGGAGCAAGCGCAGUAAAAGUAGCAGUAAAAAGAGAAGUAGUAAGAGGAGGAGUGACAAUGAUUCACAUGGAAGUGAAAGUGAGAAAUCUGAUGCUAGUGAAUCUUCAGAAGGUCUCACUAAUACAAAGAAAUCUGAAGCUGAGACAAAGGAAGACAUAUCUUUAGUGCAGGAUGAAAUGAACAAUGAGAUGACCGAGGAACUAUUAAAAUUUAAGGAAAUGAUGGAAUCCCGGAAAAAAGCUAGCUUGGAUGAUGACGCACCUGUGGGGCCUCAGCCUCUACCUAGGGCUGAAGGACAUAUAAGUUACGGAGGAGCGCUUCGGCCUGGUGAAGGUGAUGCCAUUGCACAAUAUGUUCAACAGGGAAAGCGUAUUCCAAGAAGAGGUGAAGUGGGUCUUUCUGCUGAGGAGAUUCAGAAAUUUGAGACACUUGGUUAUGUGAUGAGUGGUAGCAGGCACCAAAGGAUGAAUGCCAUUCGUAUCAGGAAGGAAAACCAGGUUUACAGUGCAGAAGAUAAACGUGCUCUGGCCAUGUUCAAUUACGAGGAAAAAGCAAAGCGCGAGCAGAAGGUUAUGGUGGACUUAAAGAGGCUUGUGGAUCGUCAUAUUGGGGAGGACACUGGUCCUUCUCAUGACCCUUUCGGCGGUGGGGAUGCUUGAUAAUCAUGCAUUUUGGUAAUCAAAAAAUUAAAAGAUAAAAAUCUGAUUUUGUUUUCUUUAUAUUUGCAUUCAUUUUGAGAGUUGUCUGUGCUGCUGAAUUUAGGAUGGCUAAUCUGCUACAGUGAUGCAUCUUUUAUUAAACUCUGAAUUGUUUGUUUUAUUAAUAUUAUGCUGAAAUAUGUGUUAAUGGGUAUUGCACAAUUGAUCAUAGUUAUUCAUGAUUUUUUAGUAGUA